AGAGGUGACAACUAAGCUAAAGAAGCCACUCAGGAUGUCAGAAGACAGCUGUUAAGUCAAAAACAGGCACCAUAUCCAAAGGAACUGAUUUGAUCCCUAAAAUUCUGUUAAGAUGUGCUGUAGAUGGGGCACGGUGGCUCACGCCUGUAAUCCCUGCACUUUGGGAGGCCAAGGUAGGUGGAUCACCUGAGGUCCGGAGUUCAAGACCAGCCUGGCCAACAUGGUGAAACCCCGUCUCUACUAAAAAUACAAAAAUUGGCUAACACGAUGAAACCCUGUCUCUACUAAAAAUACAAAAAAAAAAAAAAAAAAAAUUAGCUGGGCGUGGUGGCGGGUGCCUGUAGUCCCAGCUACUUGGGAGGCUGAGGCAGAACGGCGUGAACCCAGGAGGCGGAGCUUGCAGUGAGCCGAGAUAGCGCCACUGUACUCCAGCCUGGGCGACAGAGCGAGACUCUGUCUCAAAAAAAAAAAUGAGGCGGGCGUGGUGGUGCGUGCCUGUAGUCCCAGCUACUCUGUAGACUGAGGCACGAGAAUCGCUUGAACCCAGGAAGCAGAGGUUGCAUUGAGCCGAGAUCGCACUACUGCACUCCAGCCUGGGCGACAGAGCGAGACUUCGUGUCAAGUAAUAAUAAUAAAAAAGGAUGUGCUGUAAUUGUCUCCAUUUUACAAAAGAGGUCAAGUAACUGGCACAGGUCCCACGCUAGUAAGUGAGGGUUUUGGGAUUCAAGCACAGACCACCUUCGCCCCUAUGCUACACCACCUCAGGCUGUUGGGAGAUAGGCGCCCAGUCAAAAGGCACAUGGAAGAAAGCCCACGACUUCUCAAGCAUUGAAGCAUUGAAGCAUUGAAGCGCAUCAGUAUUCUCAACUUCAAACUUUGGGAAGUCAUAGUAGGAAUGCAUUUUAUUCAAGAAUGGGUUCAGGUGAGGGUGGAUAUGGGCACUGGGUUCAAAGGACAAAUUUGGAGAUUUCAUGAUCCAGGAGGGUGAACAAAUAAGGAAGGGCUAAAGAGAUCCUCGAAGUUGAAAGGUUCAAACAGAGUUAAUGUCCUCUAAGGAGAGCCAACAAGGGGUUACAAGUGCUGAAGUCAUCAAGAAAACGUGCCUGUCUUUCCUGGAGACUGGGAAGGAGAAUUAAGAUGAAGAAAAUCCAGAAGACGGUAAAAUGGCUUGACUUCAAAAUAACAGACCGGGCGCCGUGGCUCACGCCUGUAAUUCCAGCACUGUGGGAGACCGAGGAGGGGGUGGAUCACCUGAGCUCAGUUCGAGACCAGCCUGGGUAACAGGGUGAAAACCUGUAUUAAAAAAAAAAGAAAAAAAAAAGCCGGGCGCGGUAGCCCACGCCUGUAAUCCCAGCACUUUGGGAGGCCAAGGCGGGCGGAUCACUUGAGGUCAGGAGUUCGAGACCAGCCUGGCCAACAUGGUGAAACCCCAUCUCUAUUAAAAAUAACAAAAAUUAGCCGGACGUGAUAGCGGGCACCUGUAGUUCCAGCUACUGGGGAGGCUGAAGCGGGAAAAUCGCUUGAACCCAGGAGGCAAAAGUUGCACUGAGCCGAGAUUGUCCCACUGCACUCCAGCCUGGACAACAGAGCAAGACUCCAUCUCCAAAAAAAAAAAAAAAAAAGCAACAAAAAGAAAUAAAAAAGAAAGCAAGAAAAAGAAAGAGAAUGGUGAGGCCCAGAGAGACCGAAAGUCCCACCAGAGGCCACAGAGCUAGCUCAACCCUAAUGCCGGCCCCGCGGUGCCUUUCCGAGCUCACGGCCUCCCCUCGGCAUCCGGGUUUUGGCCUCGGAGCGCCAGGGACGCCACGAGGACGCGCCCCACACUUGCGCGUCUGGGUUCCAGCCCCCGCGGCCCCCAACAAAUAAAGAAGGGAAAGUGCUGAGGGUGACGGCCCCGGGGAACGCUGCAGCUCUACGUCAACCUGCGGCGGCCGCCGACUCAUUUGGGGCCACGCCGGUUGCAUUCGUCACGCCGGGGAUGCCUCUCAAACCCGCGGCCUGCCGAGGACGUUCCCACAUGGGAGACCCCAGCGACGCGGGCGCGUCUGUGGCUCUCGAGAACCGGGCCGCGGAGCCCCCGCGACGGCAGGCGGGGAACCGGCGACUGCGGGGGCAGACAGCUAGGGCUUAUACUCCCCUCGCUACCCUCUAUUCUGGAAGACGCGGGUCGCGGCCGCCGAACUCCAGCUCUGCGCCUGCCCAGGCGGCGGCGCGCUCAGGGGCGUGGCAUGGGCGGGUCGUGAGUUGGGCGGGGCCCACAGGGCGUGCACGACGGAGCGGCGCGGCGCAUGGCGUGAGGGGCGUGGCGCCAGUGGGCGAGGCGUGGCGUAGUGCGAAGGGACGCGGUGCGCACGCGCGUGAGGGCUGCCGCGGAUGAAGGCACACUCCACAACUUUCUUCCAGCCAGGCCCAGACAUGUCCAUCCUUGUAAGAUAAAAGCUUCCAUGGGAGCCUUCCUUCCUAAUCAAGAUGCAGAUAAUACAGCACUCCGAACAGACACUAAAAACAGCUCUCAUCUCAAAGAACCCAGUGCUUGUGUCACAGUAUGAGAAAUUAGAUGCUGGGGAACAACGUUUAAUGAAUGAAGCCUUCCAGCCAGCCAGUGAUCUCUUUGGACCCAUUACCUUGCAUUCUCCAUCAGAUUGGAUCACCUCCCACCCUGAGGCUCCCCAAGACUUUGAACAGUUCUUCAGUGAUCCUUACAGAAAGACACCCUCUCCAAACAAACGCAGCAUUUAUAUACAGUCCAUUGGCUCUCUAGGAAACACCAGAAUUAUCAGUGAAGAAUAUAUUAAAUGGCUCACGGGCUACUGUAAAGCAUAUUUCUAUGGCUUGAGAGUAAAACUCCUAGAACCAGUUCCUGUUUCUGCAACAAGAUGUUCCUUUAGAGUCAAUGAGAACACACACAACCUACAAAUUCAUGCAGGGGACAUCCUGAAGUUCUUGAAAAAGAAGAAACCUGAAGAUGCCUUUUGUGUUGUGGGAAUAACAAUGAUUGAUCUUUAUCCAAGAGACUCGUGGAAUUUUGUCUUUGGACAGGCUUCUUUGACAGAUGGUGUGGGGAUAUUCAGCUUUGCCAGGUAUGGCAGUGAUUUUUAUAGCAUGCGCUACGAAGGCAAAGUGAAGAAGCUCAAGAAAACAUCUUCAAGUGACUAUUCAAUUUUCGACAACUAUUAUAUUCCAGAAAUAACUAGUGUUUUACUACUUCGAUCCUGUAAGACUUUAACCCAUGAGAUCGGACACAUAUUUGGACUGCGACACUGCCAGUGGCUUGCAUGCCUCAUGCAAGGCUCCAACCACUUGGAAGAAGCUGACCGGCGCCCUCUAAACCUUUGCCCUAUCUGUUUGCGCAAGUUGCAGUGUGCUAUUGGCUUCAGCACUGUAGAAAGAUACAAAGCACUGGUGAGGUGGAUUGAUGAUGAAUCUUCUGACACACCUGGAGCAACUCCAGAACACAGUUGUGAGGAUAAUGGGAAUUUACCGAAACCCGUGGAAGCCUUUAAGGAAUGGAAAGAGUGGAUAAUAAAAUGCCUGGCUGUUCUCCAAAAAUAAGGACCUUCAAAUAGGAGUGAUUGAAAUAAAUCACUACUUGCAUGUUAUGCUUUCAUUUGAGUGGAAUACUUCAUUGGAAUAAACUACUGAUCUUGUGCUGUGUCAAAGUAACAGACUAGAACCUUCUUUCAAGUACCUGAAUUGAAAUGAAACUCAUUUUGAAUAAUAAAAACUCUAGAAACUCUU